UCCCUCCCUGUCUCCUCCUCUCUCCUCCCCCCAGCAGCUUGGCCAAGGUGCUAUUGUGUGCUUUCCUGUGCAGCCCUCCGCUCUUUGGCACCCGCGCACACGCACGAGCACACAAAGCUGAGCUGUUGCCCACAAGCAACAGACAGGACGCACGCCUGGGGAGGGAGAACUCGAAAAGAGCUGUUCAGAGACAACAUCAAAACAGACUUGUCUCUUCUCGUGGAUUUGCAGACUGAAGCCACUGCAGUGAGAAGUGAAAACAGCACCGUGUGGGAUUUUAACUUAUUGACAGCUGCUUCACAUUGACAAACAUCAGCUGCCAGAGAAGAGAGCUGUCAUCAUCCAUUCAUCACUGAGUGCCGAGCAUCCUGACGGCCUUUUAUUUAUGUGUCCGCCAUGGCUUGGAGAAGGCUUGCCUGGGGGAUCCCCUGCUGACACAUCCCAUUCCCACAUAUUCGCCCCUUCUCCUCCUUAACGUAACAUUCCAUCCUGGGGUGAGCUCGUUCCUUGGAGCACCUCCUCACCACCAUCAUGGCUAGUUUGGUGCUCAACGAGACUGGGAUGGAGGACUGCGGCAUUGACGACUCCUUCAAGUACAACUUGUAUUCGGUGGUGUACAGCGUGGUCUUCGUCUUGGGUCUCAUUACCAACUGCGCUGCGCUGUUUGUCUUCUGCUUCCGCAUGAAGAUGCGCAACGAGACGACAAUGUUCAUGACUAAUUUAGCACUAUCUGAUUUAGUAUUUGUUUUUACGCUGCCAUUCAAGGUCUUCUACAAUGUUAACCGCCACUGGCCUUUUGGGGAUGGAUUGUGUAAGAUUUCCGGAACAGCUUUCAUCACUAACAUCUACGGCAGCAUGCUCUUCCUCACCUGCAUCAGCGUGGACCGCUUUUUGGCCAUAGUCUACCCUUUCCGCUCCCGCUCCAUCCGCACACGCAGAAACGCCGCACUGGUGUGCGCGGCUGUGUGGCUCACCAUCGUGGGAGGAGGGAUAUCAGUCACUUUUUUUUCAACCAUCAACAGCACGAACAGAGCCACAACCUGUUUUGAAGGAUUCUCAAAGAGCACAUGGAGGACCUACCUUUCCAAAAUCACCAUCUUCAUUGAGAUCGUUGGCUUCCUACUUCCCCUCCUGGCCAACUUGGUAUGUUCCUCACUGGUUCUGAGAACACUGCGUCGCCCAGUGACUGUUGGCCACGGCUCUGACAGCAAGAGGCGCGUCUUGAGGAUGAUUCUCGUCCAUCUUGGCAUCUUCAUCAUCUGCUUUGUCCCCUAUAACUCCAUCCUCUUCCUGUAUGCCCUGGUGAGGACCCAGGCCUUGGCUAACUGCUCCGUGGAGCGCUUUGCCCGAACCCUGUACCCCAUCACUUUGUGUCUGGCCAGCCUCAACUGCUGCUUAGACCCAGUGGUCUACUACUUUACCUCAGAGAGCUUCCAAAAAAGUUUGACCAUGGGGACCAAAGGGUCCGGAUCGCGGCCUGAGAGCAUUCCCCGCAGCGACACCGACACCCAGUACCCGGCAAACACGUUACCAAGAGACACUCACACUUUGACCAGGAAUGGAAAAGACAGUAAAGUAUCAGAGAGUCAGUUUUGAUGAGAAGAAUAACCAAACAAGGACGAGUGGGUUCAAGAGACCUUGGAUUUGAAAAAUUAAGGUUGUUUGUCCUGAAAGUGACAAAUGCAUAACUGAGCAGAUUAGCUAAGUCCGGUGGUAAGUCCCGAAGUAUGGUCUGGGCUUUAACAACUAAUCCACCACUUGGGAACAAAGGAACGUAUCUGUUUAUUAUUAAGAAGGUGCAAUCAGAAAACAGACAAGAAGAACCUUUUAAAAAGAGAUCUUCGAUUGACUCAGGCUUAGCACACACACUCAUGCACUGGACUUUUAACUAUAUUUAACUCACCGAGACCUUCCAUUUUGUUGUUUAAGUUCAAGAUUUGGCAAUAAAAUAUGUCUGUGUUAA